AUGGUGAUUCCGACGGCGGCUAGGGUUUCGGCAUCGGCCUCACUGCUUCUACGCCGUAAAUCUCGGCAGCUAGGGUUCGUAGCCUCCUCCGCCUGCUCGCCGCCGCCGCUCUCUUCCUCCCCUCGCCCUAUCAGCUCUGGUAAUCUUUUGUGCAAGGUUUUGCAUAAGGACUCUCUUAAUGGACCUGCAUGGAAUGUUGACUUCUUAAGAUCCUCUUGGUUUCAUUCGACUCCAUCUGGUGAUUGCGCGAGCAAAUCUGACAACAGUUCGAUUCAAGAUGGAGUAGCUUCUACAAAAUUGAAGAGGAAAAAGCUCAAGGGUAAGCGGGCGGUUGUGCGAUGGCUUAAGUUUUUCCGGUGGAAGAAAAAGAAAGAGGUUGAAAGAAUGACCGCUGAAGAAAAGAUACUUAACAAACUAACAAAGGCUCGAAAGAAAGAGGAACGCCUUAUGGAGACGAUGAAGAAACUGGAACCUGCAGAGUCAUCGGAAACGACACAUGACCCUGAGAUAUUGACACCUGAGGAGCAUUUCUAUUAUCUGAAAAUGGGUUUGAAGUGCAAGAAUUACGUUCCAGUGGGGAGACGCGGUAUAUACCAAGGAGUGAUUCUGAACAUGCACCUUCACUGGAAGAAGCAUCAGACGCUGCAGGUCGUGAUCAAAACAUUCACGCCAGAGGAAGUAAAUGAGAUUGCUGUUGAGUUAGCGAGAUUGACCGGAGGGAUUGUGCUUCACGUCCAUGAAGGGAACACGAUAAUUAUGUACAGAGGGAAGAACUAUGUCCAACCUCCAACUGAAAUCAUGUCGCCGAGGAUUACUCUCCCUAGGAAAAAGGCUUUGGACAAAUCCAAAUGCCGGGAUGCGCUUCGUGCGGUAAGAAAGUAUAUUCCAAGGCUAGAACAAGAGCUCCAGUUGCUUCAAGCGCAGGCUGAGGCCAAGCGAGAAUACCCGAAUGUCGUCAAGGCUGAUGAUACUCAACAGACUUUGGAAUCUUUAGAUCAUCAAAGGUCAGAAGAGUUGAAGAAGAUUAUAGAAAGAAGCCAAGAGUGUUUGGAGGAUGAGCAAGAAGAAGCAGAAUCAGAAUUAGCAACGGAUUCGGAUCUGUCUGAUAUUUUUGAGACUGAUUCGGAAUCAGAAGACGAGAAAGCAGAGCGACCGCUAUUUCUUGAAGAAUUUGAGAAGUUCCCAGCGAUAAACAACAACAUAGAAGAAGAUGAAGACUUUAGGGAUCAAGGGAAGGCCAAAUCAGGAGGUGAGAAAGAUGAGUCUCCAGACUUUGAUGAAGUGGAUAAGAUGUUUCUUCGAGCUGCUUUGCUUUUAAAGAAGAAAAGACGAUGA